AUGGAUUUGGAGAAGAUUGGUGAAAAAAAAAAAUUUUAUUUAUAUUAUGAUGAACAAAUUAUAGAUGGAAAAAGUGUAUUUUUAGAAUUUAGAGAGGAAUUUCCUAAUGAAUUGGGGCAUAUAUUUACACAAAACGAAUUUUUAGAAAUGAUUAAAAAACUUAAUUACAUUAUGUCUGAAAAGCAUAAUAAAGGGUUUUUCAUUUUCGUUAAAUCUCUCUCUGCGAUUUCUAUUGUAUCAUUUCUUCUAUUUGUUAUCUAUGUAAUUAAUAGAAGAGUUAAUCCUAAUUCAAUUUUUUCCCAAACCAAAGUUUUUGCAAUUGUUGGUAUUAUAACACUUAUUACUAGUAUAAUUACACUAUUGACCUUUUUAUUCUUUGUAGUUUGGAAACACAUAUCUAAAAAAAAUUAUAUUAAACAACUAAAUGAAAAAUAUAAUGAAAAAUCAGUUUAUAUAAGAUGUCUUGGUGGAUUAAAUUCAAAGCAUGCCCCACAAACUAUGGAGAUCGAAUAUUAUUCCAAUGUAAAUGCAACACCAGAGCAAAAUUAUCAAUCACAGUUCCAAUAUCAACCACAAUACCAACAACAAACACAACAAUAUGAAAACCUCGAAAAAACCCCACUUUUAAAAUAG